AACCAAACCAGCGACAAUAACAGGUCAGUGGUUCCCGUCUCCCUCAGCGUCCUAAGCAAACUGGUUCAUUCCCUAUGGACUGUCAGAAUGCACAGUGAUCAGCAAGUCCCAUACCCGAACACCAUCUCCACGGACAACCUGCCGUUGAUACCCAUCCACUGGCGUUCUUCACCCUCUCGCUCUCUACCUGGUCAUCCAGAGAAUAUUUCAGACCCUCAAAGAUCCAGACUGUCUCUCUCACCUGAUGAAGACCAGUUUGAUUACUACCAGCAUCAUACAACGAGUUCAAGCAACUUCCAGACCCCGAUUCGCCCACAGCUGUUUCGCCAGCGCCGCACCACGAGCCGCAGGGAAAUUCUGCUGAAAGGCACCUGGGAACUUACGAAAACCUUCCUUGUACCUUUCAUCACCAUUGCGUAUCUGUCGUUUUGCUACACGGUCCAUUACAAAGUGGUCCCCUUCGGUAGAGCACUGUACAAUGAACUUGAUAACACAUGGCUCGCCAUUGUGAAAUCCGGAUUAACAACCAUCAGCAUCAUCAUCAUCAGCAUUUCCCUUUAUCCCGUGCAUGAUCUGCUUUCAAGCUUGAAGAAUGAAGAAUUCUUUAGACUUCUUCGUGCACGUCCCCGAGGUGUUCCCCUUUCUGCAAUCAAUACCAUUUCCAACCCUUCCUGUGGAAUAACCGAGACUAUCAUGCUCAUUAUACGCAACCAUUGUUCUCGAUAUUUCGUUACUGCCUUUGUCGCAGCAGGUAUUGCGUGGGUUGCAUCGGCGCUCGCACCUGCCGCUCUGAGCAUUCAGCCCGUUCUGGCCGACGGAGAUAUCCAGGCGUUUUCUGUUGGUGCCAUCCCGCCAUUAAGCUUUUACAGUCCUGUUGCAUCCGGACAAACUAUCCCACCUAUGAAGCUGGCCGUCUCCCCCGGGUAUCCUGCUUCGAUAGCAUGGGCAGAGAUGGCCCUUGGUAUGUCAUAUGCGUACACCAUGUCAAACAACUCGCGUGGUGAAUAUGCUGCUUAUGUCGCGCCAAUGCCGACCAGCAUCCAAGCUUCGACAACUGCAAGAUGGCUAACUGACGUGGCCGGACUCAAUCCUUUUUGCACAUGGGCAAAGGCUGUGAAUCUUACCAACAGCAGCGUAGCCGCAACGGCCGUUACCGCAUACCUCGAGGAUCUCGAUCUUGAUAUCGCUGUUCCGAGCAGCCUUUUCCCGGUGUACAAAUCCAACUUUGUAACACGGAUCUAUGUGUUGGACCCAACUGUAUACGUCUUUAAUCAUACCACUCAGACGCUGCCGUCUGACGGCUCGACAACUUUUGCCAUCAUUAGCAUAAAUAUCAUUUCCAUCUACCCAGAUCUUACCGGCAUACCGACUCUACAGUUUACUGCGCCAAAUAACACUUAUGAGCUCGCAUUCCUCGUAUGCAAGCCCAACAUCACAAUCGAAACACGCGAGGUUCGCACACAAGGGUCCUUCAUAUUGGAGGUCCAGCCACUUCCUGAAGGGAAAGCAUAUCCAAGGCAAGGGAACUUGGACUUCAUGCAAACCUCCUUAAUGUUUGGCGUAGCGACGUCGUACCUAUCCACAGACUCGGGCCCUGCAACAUCAACGUGGUUCGGCCUCGGUUCGGAGACGCAAGUCAAUUUCCUCUUUUCGGAUGCUCAGAUGAACGCCAUCGAUUCCAACAAUAUAGGUGGAGCAAUAACACUUCAACUAAGCCCCCUUGAGAACCUUACACAAGGUUACACUCAAAUAUCGCAAGCUGCGGCGAAGGCAUACAUCAUGGGUGGCGAAGGCACGGCUUACGUUCCAGGGCGAGUGUCGGGGAAACAGCUCGUCUUCACAUCGGCGCUGCCAAACGUGAUCGUGGCUACUGUUGCGUUCGUGCUUUUAUGGGCGCUGACCAUAUUUGCACACUUCCGUCACGGAAAAUAUUGUGGUUUCACACUCGUGAAUGUCGGCGCCGCAUUGCACAACUCGGAAAUACCUGAGCAGUUUUCGCAGAUGAAGGCACAUGCAGCCAAUCAAACAAUCCUUCAUUCGCGCUGGGUGCAUUACAGUGCCGACCAGGACGUUGUGGAGAUGCUCGCGGCCCAUGACAUUGCCCUCCGCACGAGUCGAGGUGUGGAUUCACUGCGUAUCAUAUAGUCAUCGUCAGCUAUCUGGUUGUGCGGGACAAUGUCAGUAAAUCUACCAGUGCUCAAGCGAUAACCCUGAUGCUUUUCCUGUGUGCGUGAUAUAGUAACGUGCUUGGACUCAUAGUAGCACAAUAUUCAUAUUGGACAUCUCCCUUGUAUUUGGAUUAUUAUUUAGAUUAUUUUGACCGCGACUAGUAUGUGGACCAUCAGAGAUUCGGACGACGACGUUGGUACCCCGCCACCCGUAUAUUUCCUUAGUCUGGCCGCGACAUGCCACGGACACGCAGCCACAGCACCUAUGCAGGGAUUGCAGAUGCU